UUUUGAUGGCAAGUGCGCAUAUAGUUACAGCUGUGAUCGGAUCAGGUGUUUUGUCUUUGGCAUGGGCGACCGCACAACUUGGUUGGAUUGUCGGUCCGAUUGUUCUGUUUAUGUUUGCUGUCGUUACUUAUUUCACAUCUACCCUUCUCGCCUCCUGUUACCGGUCCGGCGACCCGAAUACCGGCAAAAGGAACUAUACUUACAUGGAUGCGGUCCGGUCUAAUCUAGGAGGGUUUCAAGUAAAGUUGUGUGGGAUCAUUCAAUACGUAAACUUAUUUGGGAUUGUCACUGGUUACACCAUUGCAUCUGCCACUAGCAUGAUGGGAAUAAAGAAGUCGAUUCUCAUCCUUCAUGGAGAAAGAAUACCUGAUCAUAUGUCAGGCACACCUUACAUUUUUCUGUUUGGUGUGAUCCAAUUAUUCUUGUCACAAAUUCCAAACUUUGAUCAGAUAAGCUGGCUAUCUAUAGUUGCUGCUGUUAUGUCUUUUACUUACUCUUCCAUUGGUCUUGUUCUUGGAAUUGCAAAAGUCGCAGCUAAUGGACACAUUAAAGGAAGUCUUACCGGAAUAAGGGUUGGACCAACUGUAACCGAGUCUCAGAAAAUAUGGAGAAGUUUUCAAGCUCUCGGAGACAUUGCCUUCGCAUAUUCUUUCUCGGUUAUCCUACUCGAGAUUCAAGAUACAAUCAAAUCACCUCCAUCAGAAUCUAAAACAAUGAAGAAAUCUGCUCUAAUCAGUGUUUCCAUAACCACAAUCUUCUACAUGCUCUGCGGCUGCUUCGGAUACGCAGCGUUCGGCGAUUUGGCGCCUCCAAAUCUAAUAACAGGAGACGGAAACGUCGGUUUUCACAAGCCAUAUUGGCUAAUCGACAUCGCAAAUGUAGCCAUCGUGGUCCAUUUAGUCGGAGCUUAUCAAGUUUUCAGCCAACCCUUAUUCGCUUUCGUCGAGAAAUCAGCAUUAAAACGAUUCCCCGGAAAUAGUUUCAUUGCUAAAGAAAUGAAAAUCGGGAAUUUGAAACUUAAUCUGCUUAGGUUGGUUUGGAGAUCGAUGUUUGUUGUGUUGACGACUGGCGUCGCUGUGGGGCUUCCGUUCUUCAAUGAUAUUGUUGGACUUUUUGGUGCGUUUGCGUUUUGGCCAUUGACGGUUAAUUUCCCUAUUCAGAUGUAUAUUGCAAAGAAAAGGAUACCUAAGUGGAGUAUGAGGUGGGUUUGUUUUCAGGUUUUGAGUUUGGGUUGUUUGUUAAUUUCGUUGGCGGCGGCUGUUGGUUCGAUUGUUGGUGUUUUGAAAGAUCUUAAGCAUUCUAAUUAAAUUCAGUCUUUAAGGGAAGAAUGAAUAUUUGUAGGACGUGUGGGUUUAUUUUAUGGGGUUGUUUUUAAAUAUUAACAUAAUUAAGAACUGUUCAUGUUUUAUUUGAUAUUCAGGAGUAUUAUAAUGU